UAACCCCAAUUUUAUGUCACGUCACAUGUGGUAGAAUUAUUUUUGACACCGGUUGAGAAGGUUAGUUGUUGGAAAAUAUUAGUUAUUAAUUUAUAUAAAUAAUUGAAAAAAAAUGACGGUGAUCAAUGUGCUGCUUAAUGUGCUGCUUUUAAUUUUAAUGUACAGUGUCUUAGGGUACUAUGUUCUGUAUCCGUCCAAUAGACAAGACACAAAAAUAGUUUAUGUAUCAGAUUGUGUAAACGUUGAAAAUCCCGAAAUUGAAGAGAAUAAAACCGAAGAUAUUGUUAAUUUAAAAAAAAAUAAGAAGAAAUCUAUUCUAGAUUUAUCAAAUACUGGAAUAGUUAAUUUGAAAAAAUCUUUUGCCAGCAGUUCUGACAUAACAGGAAUCAAAUUGUCUGACAAUAACAUUUGGAAAAUUGAAAACGGUGCUUUUGAUUCUUUACCAAAUUUAAAAUCCAUAGAUUUCACUGGGAAUUUAAUUAAAUUCGAUCAAUUAAAUUUUGGGAAUCAUGCAGGAAUUGAAACACUGAUUUUGGACAGAGCAAUAAGGAAUAGAGAUCAUUCUAAUUCUUCAUAUCAUUCAAAUGACGAGUGUUCUAAAGCUCAGACUUACAGGGAACAAAGUUUGAGCUUCAAUAAUACAAUUAGACUCACAACUUCUCUCAACUUACCCGGAUUAAAAAAGCUUUAUCUGCGUCAAAAUAAUAUUGACUUGAUUUAUUUUGGAGAUGUAAAAUCGUUGGGAGAUAUAAUGCCCAGAAUCAGUCACCUGCAUCUAGAUGACAACAGACUUUCAUCACUGGAUUUCAUAAGAUCCCUUCCGUCAUCUUUGACUCAUUUGUAUUUGAAUAACAACGAGAUAUCAGAUUUCAAAAGUUAUUCUUGGAUAAAUUUAAAAUUUUUAACGAUCGAUGGAAAUAAGAUCAAAAAUUUGUGUCGUAGUUAUGAAAACUGUGAAGGAAUGGCUUUAAAAAAUGCGUUAAAUUUACGAACACUGUCAGUAUCAAAUGUUGGACUUGAAGAAAUUGAAUUGGACUCAUUCAUAAACUUGGUAAACUUACGUUACUUAAAUAUGUCUCAUAAUAAAAUAAUUGAAAUAGUAAAUCACACUCUCAAUUAUAUGACAAAUUUGAAGACUCUCGACCUUGAUCACAACGAGCUGGUGACUGUCCCCGACAUUCUUGGUCUCAAGAAUUUGAAAAAUCUCUCGAUAGCCCACAAUAAAAUAGAAACUAUCGGGAAGUCGGACUUCCUUCGUCUUGCAAAUCUUCAACGAUUGAACCUCAGCUAUAAUUUGGUGCAUGAAAUUGACGCAGAGUCAUUUAGUACUUCGGCUUUACUCACAGAACUGGACCUUUCCGGAAACAGACUUGAAGUUUUGCCCAGCGGUUGGCUGUCAUCAAACUUAAAUUUGCGUCGUUUGUAUUUGAAAAAUAAUUUGUUUCAAAGUUUUGCAAGUUUGUCGUUAGCCGAUAAUGAAAAUGUAAAAUAUUUGUACAUUAGUGGAAAUCCAUUUGAGUUGAUAAACAGACAAUCCUUGAUGUUUUUACCAGUUAAUGCAAUUAUGGAUAUUCGUAAAAUAAUUAGUGGACUAUCGGACAUGUCUAUUUCAGGAUCCACUUCAUGUUUGUCUGUGUUAUCUUUCCCGCUUACAUAUCUAUACUGCGUCAUUUUAUCAUGUUACUAUUUCUCAUAAUUAUAUCUGCAAAUUACAUUUUUUCUAUUUAUAGACAUCAGUAUCAAUUUCAUUAAUAAUAUGAAUUCAAAUUCAAAUAUGAAAUAUAAAUAAUAUGAAACAGUUUGAAAAAUAUCAAAUACAGGUGAAGGUGAAUGUAGCAGACAUCAGACAAAUUUAAAAUUAUAAAUAAUUAGAGCUUUAAUUUUUAAAUUUUUUAAAUGCGCAUUUUUUCAAAAUUUUAUUUUAUUAAUUAUUUACUCUAUUUAUUAAUAAUUUUAAAUUUGUGAUGUCUGCUACAUUCACACUCGUAAAUAUAGAAUUGAAUU